UCGGUGGAUGAAAGGAAAUGUCAUUUUGACCAUGGCUGAAAACAGCACAAUCAUGUCUGAUAUAGGGAGAAGUCUCUUGGCGGAUUCUUCUAUACUUGACACCAAAAUUACAGAAACUUCCAAGGAGAACAUAUUCACUCAUUCUACUUCAGAUGGAGAAGAGGAAAUGCCCCAGAUUGAAACCAGGGUGGUUCUAGUUCAAGAGGCUGCAAAACGUGAAGAACUCCUGAAAGCUUUGGAGACCAUUAAGAUAAUGGAAGUUCCAGUUAUAAAGUUAAAGGAAACUAGUUCUGGUAAAUCGGAAGAAAAUCUAAUAAAAAGUAUUAUACAUAUGGAGAUUAAAGUGCCCUACAUAAAGACCGAUUCGGUGGAAAAGUACGAGGACUCUGAGUCGCCAGAAUUUGAGACUGUCUUUGUGAUAGCAGACUUCCAAGAUCCUAUUUUCAGCAACUUGUACAAGGCAGACAGCAGAGUCCUUGGGCCCCCAAUAGUAUUGCAGUGCGCCAGAAAAGGCGAGCCUCUGCCUUUCUCAUGUCGGCCACUGUACUGUGCAAGUAUGCUGAAUCUUGUGUUGUGUUUCACAGGAUUCAGAAAGAAAGAAGAAUUGGUGAAACUGGUGACCUUGGUUCAUCAUAUGGGAGGGAUUAUUCGACGAGAUUUCAGUUCAAAAGUUACGCAUCUGGUGGCUAAUUCUACACAAGGGGACAAAUUCAGAGUAGCUGUGAGUCUUGGCACACCAAUAAUGAAAGCAGAGUGGAUUUAUAAGUCUUGGGAAAGAAGAAAUGACAUUGACUUUUGUGCUGCUGAUGAGGAAUUCAGGAAAGAGUUCAAAGUUCCCCCAUUUCAGGACUGCUUGUUAAGUUUUCUUGGGUUCUCUGAUGAAGACAAGAAGAAUAUGGAAGAAAUGACAGAAAUGCAAGGUGGACAACAUCUGCCUGUUGGUGAUGAAAGGUGUACUCAUCUCAUAGUUGAAGAAAACACAGUAAAAGACCUUCCAUUUGCGCCUUCACAAAACCUUUAUGUUGUAAAGCAGGAGUGGUUUUGGGGAAGCAUUCAGAUGGAUGCCAGAGCUGGAGAAUCUAUGUACUUAUUUGAAAAGCCAGACAGUCCUGAACUGAAAACAUCAGUCUCGCAACUGUCUCUGAAUACUCCAAAUAGCAACCGGAAGCGACGUCGCUUAAGAGAGACCCUUGCUCAACUGGCCAGGGAGACGGAUAUGUCUCCCUUCCCUCCUCGGAAACGGCCAUCAGCUGAACAUUCCCUUUCUAUGGGAUCCUUACUUGAUAUUUCAAACACCCCAGAAUCAAGUAUGACUAAUGGAGAAACUCCGAAACCAUGUGCAAGACCGUCCAAAAACUCCACACCUCUUCCUCCCAAGCAGUCUGCGAGGUGGCAGGUUGCAAAGGAGUUGUAUCAGACAGAGAGCAACUAUGUCGAUAUCCUGACGACCAUAAUCCAGGUCUUUCAAGUCCCAUUGGAAAAGGAAGGACAACUUGGAGGCCCCAUCCUUGCACCAGAAGAAAUUAAAACCAUAUUUGGCAGUAUUCCUGACAUCCUUGAUGUACACACCAAGAUAAAGGAGGACCUUGAAGAUCUCAUGAUAAACUGGACUGAAAGCAAAAGCAUUGGUGAUGUCAUACUUAACUAUUCAAAAGACUUGCUGAAAACAUACCCUCCUUUUGUGAACUUCUUUGAAAUGAGCAAGGAAACUAUUACUAAGUGUGAAAAACAGAAGCCAAGGUUUCAUGCUUUCCUAAAGAUAAAUCAAGCUAAACCUGAGUGUGGUCGCCAGAGUUUGGCAGAACUCCUCAUCCGACCCGUUCAGAGGCUUCCUAGUGUUGCCCUCCUUCUAAAUGACAUUAAGAAACACACAGCAGAAGACAAUCCUGACAAGGCAACUCUAGAAAGAGCCAUUGAAUCAUUGAAGGAAGUAAUGACGCAUAUCAAUGAAGACAAAAGGAAAACUGAAGCCCAAAGGCAGAUUUUUGAUGUUGUUUAUGAAGUUGAUGGUUGUCCAGCCAAUCUCUUGUCGUCUCACCGAAGUCUGAUUCAGCGCCUGGAAACGGUUGCGCUUGGUGAUGACCUCUGUGACAGAGGGGAGCAGGUCACUCUGUUUCUUUUUAACGAUUGCCUGGAGAUUGCCAGGAAACGGCACAAAGUCAUUGGUGGUUUCAAGAGCCCACAUGGCCAUACCAGGCCACCAGCCUGCCUCAAGCAUAUCAUCCUCAUGCCCCUGUCUCAGAUCAAGAAAGUACUAGACAUCAGAGAGACAGAAGACUGCCGCAAAGCAUUUGCGUUGGUUGUACGGCCACCGACAGAGCAGACCAACUUGUUGUUCAGUUUCCAGAUAACAACUGAGGAACUUCCCAAGGAGGACUGGCUGAAGAGGCUGUGUCGGCAUGUAGCCAACACAAUAUGUAAAGCAGAUGCAGAAAAUCUUAUUUAUUCAACUGAUCCUGAUUCUAUUGAAGUAAACACAAAAGAUGUGGACAGUACCUUGAGUAGGGCCUCCCGGGCCAUAAAGAAAACAUCCAAAAAGGUUACACGAGCGUUCUCUUUUUCCAAGACGCCAAAGAGAGCACUUCGAAGAGCUUUGAUGGCACACAGUGGUGCAGAAGGAAAGAAUAUCUGCACAGCUAAUGAAAGUUUCUUAGGAGGGCGACUUGCCAGUACUUCAUCACUAGCAGGCAUCCACUCUCCUUCCUUGAUCAACCUGCCAUCAGUGUUUGAGAAGAGGAGUCAUACCUUAAGUCGAUCAACUACUCACUUGAUAUGAAGUAGGCAGAAAAUGGAGCUGCAGCUUAAAAUGGUGACUGACCAAAAAGGUGGUCUAGCUUCUCAAGUGACCAGAUACUGACAUGAAUGGUGGUACUUAGUUAGCACUUAGUGGCAAUUAGUAAACUUCUAGAUAACACUAAGUUGAUCACCAAGAGUUGUCUAGUUUGUCUAUAAAACAAGGACUGGACCUUGGUUUGUUUGAAACGUAUUCAUUUGCACAAAUUACUCUACCAGCAUAAUGGAAAUACUCUUGGUGUAAAGACUUCAUGAAUAAAUGGUAUUGGAAUUGAUUUCUAAAAACCCAAUAAUGCCCCUACUAGUCGAGGAUGUUGAUUUUUGUUUUUAAAAUUGUAUAUGUAUGUUUAUUGGCUAUGUCCAACUUAACUAUUGCAUGGACCAAUUAUCUAAAGUGAAAUACUUGCGUCAUAUUUAAAGUACAGACAAUGAACC